UUAAUCACAGUAAUCCCAUCAAUGUGUUUAUUUUGUAGAAGAUGUUUUAUGAACACUAUCUUAAAAAGUUUUAAAUAAGUACACAUUCCUAAUAGCAAAAAACACUAUUAAGCUGCAAUACAGUUGAUCCAUAGAAUCUGGUCUAUAAGAAGGAAUGCCUUAUUAAAUUUUUUGAGGCUAAUUCUACUGGAAGCAGGAUUAUUUGUGUUGGAAGACCUGUCUGUGGAAAGAUCUGAACAUGGAAAGGCUUGGACUUGGGAAGACUCCUUUUAAAAAGGUCUGGACCAGGGGAAAGGUCAGAAGACCUGGACUAUGGAACAUGUUAGAAUACCUGGAUAUCGUAGACACUGGAAAACCUGAAUGUUAGACCGGUGCCCUGGAGACGUUGGAAGACGUGGAUAUUGAGCCCGCUGUUGGAAGACUGGGUAGUUGUCGGAAGACGUGGAGAUGCUGGAAGAUGCAGAGAUGCCGGAAGACGAGCAGAUGCAGGAAGACGAGCAGAUGACGGAAGAUGCAGAGAUGUCGGAAGACGCAGAGAUGUCGGAAGACUCAGAGAUGCUGGAAGACGCAGAGAUGCCAGAAGACGCAGAGAUGCCGGAAGACGAGCAGAUGCUGGAAGCCCUGGAGAUGCUGGAAGCCCUGGAGAUGUAGGAAGACAAGGAUUUUCUGGAAGACGCAUCUUAGUUGGAAGACGUGGAUUUUCUGGAAGACGUGGAUUUUCUGGAAGACAUAAAUUUGUUGGAAGACGUGGGUAGGCUGGAAGACAUGAACUUGAUGGAAGACACACAGCUUUGUUGGAAGACGAGGAUUUGCUGGAAGACGUGGAUUUUCUGGAAGACUUGGAGGUCAUUGGAAGACAUGGAUUUCCUGGAAGACAUGGCUUUUCUGGAAGACGUGGAUUUUCAGGAAGACCCAAAUUGUCCGGAAGACCUGGAUUGUUUGGGAGACGUAGAUUUGCUGGAAGACUGGAGGUCACUGGAAGACAUGGAUUUUCUGGAAGAUGUGGAUCUCUAGGAAGACAUGUAUUUGUUGGAAGCCCCGAAUUAGUGGAAGACACAAAUUUUCUGGAAGACGUGGCUCUAUCGGAAGACCUGGAUUUCUUUAGUGGA